AUGAUGAUGAUCUGCCGAAAGAAAAGUUGCCGCCUUCUUUCCCACAGCUCCAGGGGUCACGCGGCACGCUGGCAGACCAGUUCCACCAAUUCUUUCGGCAACAUGGCCUGUGUUCUUUCAUACCUCCCGCAAUCGGUGCGUGAGAUUGUGGAGCAUUAUGCUCCUCUCUACGAAGAAAAAUCACUGUGGAUUGGUGUCGCGUUCGCCUCCUUUGUCGCCAUCUACGCGGGAUUGCUCUGCGUGCAGUGCCAGAGAGAAGCCGCCGUUACGUUCAAUGUUCCCGUGCCACUAGAAGUUCGCAAAAGCCAAACAGGCAAGAAAUGGGAGGAUGUUUCAGGUCAGCAGAAGCAGGUGCUUGAGGAUCAAGUCCGCGGAAAAUGGAAUGAUAAAUUAAUCAUGAGCUACUGUCCCGCCGACGGUCGAGUCCUGGGAAACGGAAUCCGCCCUGCCACAGCGGAGGAUGUUGAUGAAGCGGUACGAGCGGCCAAGAAAGCACAACGCGAGUGGGCGAAGACUACAUUUCCAGAGCGCAGAAAGGUCCUGCGAACGCUCCUCCAAUACGUGCUUGAGCACCAAGAUGACAUAGUAACAGCUUGCUGCCUCGAUUCUGGAAAGACCAAAGUGGACGCCUCGUUCGGAGAAAUUCUGGUCACGGCCGAAAAGCUCAAGUGGACCAUCGACCACGGUGAGAAAGCUCUCUUGCCUUCGCGCAGACCGACCAACUUCUUGAUGAUGUACAAAAAGAACAUUGUCACCUACGAGCCUUUGGGUGUAGUGUCAGCCUGUGUGUCCUGGAACUACCCCUUUCACAAUUUUAUCGGACCCGUGAUCAGCGCUCUGUUCUCCGGCAACAGUGUCGUCGUCAAGCCGUCAGAACAAACUGCCUGGUGUACGGCGUAUUUUCUUGAUAUUGUGCGCGGCGCUCUUUCCAGCUGCGGACACUCCCGCGACCUUGUACAAACCAUUGUGUGCCUCCCUACCGUGGCGGACAAGCUGACCUCUCACCCUGAUAUCGCCCACCUCACUUUUAUCGGCUCCCGUCCCGUCGCAUUCAAGGUAUGCGAGUCUGCUGCCAAAUCGCUGACCCCAGUCACCGUGGAACUAGGCGGCAAAGACCCUGCCGUCAUACUUGACGAUUCCCGUACCAUUCGCAACCUGCCAACCAUCGCCUCCAUUCUCAUGCGCGGCGUCUUCCAGUCAGCUGGCCAAAAUUGCAUUGGUGUGGAGCGCAUCAUCGCUCUACCCGGUACCUACAACAAGCUGGUUGAAAUGGUAACACCUCGAAUUCAAGGACUCCGUCUCGGAUCCAUCCUCCUCGAUACCCCCUCCCCCGCCACAUCCGACGUUACCACACCAGACAUGGGCGCUAUGAUCUCCCCGGCCUGCUUUGAUAAAGUUGAAGCGCUGAUCGCCGAGGCCGUCAAACAAGGCGCCCGGCUGCUAGCUGGCGGAUCACGACACGCACACCCGCGCCACCAACAUGGCCACUAUUUCACACCUACACUCCUCGUCGAUGUAACCCGUGAUAUGCGCAUCGCCCAAGAAGAGCUGUUUGCGCCUAUUUUCCUUGUUAUGCGUGCUGAAUCCGUUCAGGAUGCAAUUUCUAUUGCCAAUUCCACUGCUUACGCCCUCGGUGCUAGUGUCUUUGGGCACAAUUCCGCUGACGUUCAGGCUUGUGUCUCCAGUAUCGAGGCUGGUAUGGUGUCCGUCAACGAUUUUGGAGCCUAUUACGCUGUUCAGUUACCCUUCGGUGGUGUCAAGGGAUCUGGAUAUGGUCGAUUUGCAGGCGACGAAGGUCUGCGCGGUCUUUGCAAUACCAAGGCCAUUUGCGUGGACAGAUUUCCGACUCUGAUCGGUACUGCUAUUCCACCGCGUGUGGAUUAUCCAAUUCAAAAGAUAGAGGGCACUGCUGGUACUAAAGAUGGUACUGCCGCAUGGGAGCUGUGUAAAGGUGUCGUUGAGACUGGAUAUCAUUUGACUAUCGGUGGAAGGAUUGCUGGUAUCUUACGACUUUUGGGAAAUAUGUAA